AUGAUUUCCUUGGUCACAAAUCAGCUUCUAGCUUGAGGGAUGAUUGGAAGAUCAAGUAUCAAAUCUGUAAAAUCUCUAAACUUCUUAGAACCCCUGAUUCAAAGAGAGAGAGAGAGAGAAAAGAAAAACUAUUUCCCUUCAGUUUACUGUGUAUAUGCCUUUCAACAGAGAUCUUAAAGAUUGAGGUGUUACAGAGUGGCAGUAGUAUAGGUUGCUAGCUAGAAUUCUUGACUGGGAGUUGGAUGGAAGAAGUUUGACACACAGCUCUGUCACUGAGUCACUACUUGAUUUUGGCUUGCUUUCCAGGAACAUUUAUGCCACUAAAGCUCAAGUACAGGAAUGUUUUCAGAAAAAGAACACAAGCCGUAGGAGGACUGAAGAAGCAAAUUCAUUAAAAAAAUUAUAGUGAAGACUUGCAAAAAAUUGUUCUGCUCUAAUACCAAACAGUCAAAAUGCCUACACAGGAUCUGCGCUUUGUUUUAUGGGGCUUAUUGAAAAUGCAGAGUGAGAAGCAGGAUCCAGUAAAUUACUAUGUUGGGAUUGAUGUUGGAACGGCAAGUGUUCGUGCGGCUUUGGUAGACCAAUUUGGGACAAUAGUGGCACAUUCGGAUCAGCCAAUCCAAAUUUGGGAACCCCAACCAGACCACUAUGAGCAAUCCUCUGAUGACAUCUGGGCUGCUUGUUGCACAGCGACAAAGAAAGUCAUCCAACAAGUAGAGGUUGCCUGGAUUCGAGGGCUCGGUUUUGAUGCUACGUGUUCACUUGUUGUUGUGGAUAAGCAGUUUCAGCCCUUGGCAGUUAAUUAUGAAGGGGAAUGUAAAAGAAACAUCAUUAUGUGGAUGGACCAUCGUGCAGCCAGUCAAGUGGACAGAAUCAAUGGAACUCAACACAGUGUUUUGAGCUACGUUGGGGGAGUGAUGUCUGUAGAAAUGCAGCCGCCUAAGUUGCUGUGGAUGAAAGAAAACUUGAGAGAGUCUUGCUGGGAAAAGGCAGGCUACUUCUUUGAUCUUCCAGAUUUCUUAUCAUGGAAAGCAACAGGUGUCACUGCAAGGUCUCUCUGUCCACUGGUGUGCAAAUGGACAUAUUCCCCAGAGAAGGGCUGGGAUGAUAGUUUCUGGAAGGUGAUUGGCUUAGAAGAUUUGGUGGCAGAUAAGUAUGAAAAAAUAGGAAACCAAGUCCUGUCUCCUGGAGCUUCUGUUGGAAAUGGCCUAACGCCAGAGGCUGCAAAAGACCUCGGUCUUGCUGAAGGGACUGCAGUAGCAGCAUCUCUCAUUGAUGCACAUGCUGGAGGACUAGGAGUGAUCGGAGCAGAUGUGAAAGGAUAUAACCUGCCCUGUGAAAAUCAGCCAGUUACGUCCCGGCUUGCUGUGAUCUGUGGAACAUCUUCCUGUCACAUGGGGAUAAGUGAUGCUCCCAUUUUUGUGCCUGGUGUUUGGGGUCCCUAUUACUCAGCCAUGGUGCCUGGAUUCUGGUUGAACGAGGGAGGCCAAAGCGCUACAGGAAAACUGAUAGAUCACGUAGUCCGAGGCCAUGUUGCCUUCCCAGAGUUACAAGCAAAAGCUGCAGCCAGUGCUCAAAAUAUAUAUGCAUACUUGAACAGUCACCUGGAUCUGAUUAAGAAAUCUUUGCCUGUGGGUUUCCUCACUGUUGAUUUACACGUUUGGCCAGAUUUCCAUGGUAACCGAUCUCCCUUAGCAGAUCUGACACUGAAGGGCAUGGUUGUUGGACUGACAUUGUAUCAGGGCCUUGAUGAACUCGCUCUUAUCUACUUGGCCACAAUUCAAGCCAUUGCUUUGGGAACAAGACAUAUUUUGGAAACUCUGCAGUCUGCCGGGCAUCACAUCAGCACUCUGUUUCUGUGCGGUGGACUGAGCAAGAAUCCCCUCUUUGUGCAGAUGCAUGCUGACAUUACCGGCAAGCCCAUUGUCCUGUCCAAAGAGGUGGAGUCUGUUUUAGUUGGUGCUGCUAUUCUUGGAGCUUGUGCUUCUGGAGAUUUCGCUUCGGUACAGGAGGCCAUGGAGAGAAUGGGAAAAAUCGGGAAAAUCGUGCAGCCAGACCACAGGGAUAAAAGAUUUUAUGACAAGAAGUAUGAAGUGUUUUUGAAACUUGCUGAACAUCAGAGAGAGUAUAAAGCCAUCAUGCAAGGCGUAUAAUCAACAAUCAUAUAGUCUGGGAACAACAGGGAUCACAGAAUUUCCAGGGGUUUACAACUAAAAGUUCAUAGGAAUUUUGUCUCGUGUCAUUCAAUUUAAAACAAAAUUGUUCUAAUUUUAAUUUAAAAAUCUAGUACUUUCACUACGUGCUGCUGCACUGAGUAAUCUUCCAAGCCACUGCACGCCAUUGGACUAUAGAUUGGGGUUCUCAAUCUAUUUCUUUCUGAGCCCCCCCUAACAUGCUAUAAAAACUCCACAACAAAGUUUUUUCUGCAUAUAAAAGCCAGAGCCGGCAUUAGCAGAUAGCAAGCAGGGCAAUUGUCCAGGGCCCCACACUACAAGGGGUAUUGCGAAGCUAAAUUGUUCAAUCUUUGGUUUCAGUGCCAGGUGAUGGGGUCUGGGUCCCUGGGCUGCAAUCCUGCAUGGCGUAGCUUUGGCUUUCUGCUCUGGGCCCUAGCGAGUCUAAUGCCGGCCAGGCUCGGUGGACCCCCUGAAACCUGCCCCAAGCCCCUGUUUGAGAACCACUGCUAUAGAUGACCAUUGACUCCAGUUAAAAAAAAAAACCAGACAUGCCACCAGGGCCAACACUCAGGUAAUGACCAUGAGCUGGAAAAGCAGAAGAAAGCAGUUAAUUGGCUCACCAAAGCAAACCACUAGUGGCUAGGCUAGAAAGGCUGUUGCAUUUUUAACAUGGAUUCUGCUGUACUGUUUCAUAAGAUGACUAGCAAAGCAGGCCUACUGCUCCAUUUAAUUCUAGCACCACUCCUCUGAUACAGUUAAGAUUGACAUUGAAUUUUCAUGGUAAACUCCUACUGUCCAGAGUGUAAAAUUUGAUGAUAGCAUUUCUGUCUGGGUGCUGAUAUUUUCGAAACAUGCUUGUGACCUGGAAUUUGUGUUUUGGUUUUUUCUCUCUGAUACACCACAAAUUUCAAAAGUAAUUUCAAGGGGAAAAAGUGGGAUGGGCAUUGCUUUUUAUUUGGGUGAUUUCCCCCUCCUUGCAGUGUCAGACACUUGGCUGUCAGAUAACUCAAUCCAUUUUGUCUAUGGCAAGUGAUUCGUCCUUAAUGUGCACCAAUCAUUUUGAAGAUGGAAAAACAGCCAGCCAUUAAUAUUUAAAGAUCAGAUUGCGCCGAAGCAAUUUUUUUUAAGCAUGUUUAUAAUGCAGGUACCUUUCCAUGACUCACGGAUGCUAAUAAAACAUCCUGCUGGCUGCUUCUCAUAUAGCCACCAAUGAAGCUGUCCAUAUGAAUCCGUGCCCAUCCUCACAUCAGAGACAGGGUCUGUGUUUGGUGACACAGGAGACAUGAAACUGGGAGUGUUGAGCAUGGAGCCCCGCUGUAUCGUAAGUGCAGGAGAGGCACAGGUUGGCUUCCCUCAGUCCUGCGUUUGUGUCUGCACAAAAGACUUCCCAUGCUGUGUAUUGCAAACCAAAGAGAAACAGGGCUCCCUUGUGAGAUGUGAGGUCCCAGCCCUGCAAGAAUCUGAGGACCCAGUCCUGCAAGAAUCUGAGCACCCCCAAUGACUUCACUAAGAGUUUCACAGGAGAAACAAACAUUCUGUUACUUAUCCAUGAUUUGUGUAUUUGUUAUUGUUUGAACAGCAGUGCCCAGCAAGUUAGGGUUUUAACCCUGUUUAAAAAGCAGAAGGAGACAGCAUUCACCAUGAAAGGGGAACAAAGGUGGAGGUAGAGACAGAGGUAUCUUAGCAGCCUUAAAAAAAAGCACACAGCCGACCAUGCAAACUAAUUGUGACUCUAUUCUAGAUCACCAGUGACAACAUUUUUAACUCCUAAACUCCCAGCCUAUUCUUUGGCCACUCACGCUGAGCCCUUACUAUACAACAGCAAUAACUAUAGUACGUUUAUAUGAAAUGUGACCCCAACUUUAUUCACUUGGCUUAAUGGAAAUUCCAUUCUUUAGUAUGUGCAAACAGGAGUCACCUGAUGACAAAAUUAUACUCCACAUACCUUAAAAAUAACAGCCAGUUUCUGAAAAAAAAAUUAAUGUUAGUAGUCAGUGCUCAAAAACGUCUGGCAACUUUUUUUAAAAAAGAAAAGACAAUAUAUUUCCUGCCUUGCAGCUCAUGGAAAAGCAGGUGCUGCCCUCUCCGUAGUACUUAGUAUGAGUAUCUAUCUAUGCUUUCUGAGUUCAUAGUUAAAACCAAUGACAGUUGAAGGGUAUAAAGUGGGGGGAACAUAAACACAGGGAAAAGUGGGGUUCAAUAUUGGUAUAGGAUAGGAUGAACUUCAAGAGGAUGAUAAGUUAUGUCAAUUGAAAAUACAUCACCCCAAAAAAAAUCCCACAAACAUGACUGUUAGAGACCAGUAUAUUGUAAACAAUAAAUAUUCAUAUUUAUAUAUAUAUACACAUACAAGUAACAUGUGAAGAGUAGUUCUGUUAUUUUCAAUACAUAUCACAGAUUAUCUAUGGACAGAAUGCAGUGUUUUCUUGCAGAAUCCCAAUAAUUUUAACUACUAGCAAAAAA